AUGUCCCUCCGCGCCUUCCGCCCAUUCUCGACCAGCGUGCGUGCGCUGCAGCUCAUCCCGCAGACGUACCCUGCCGACGUGGUCGCCGGCAAGGCUCCGGGUCCCCCCACCAUCCGCCAGACGCCCACCGAAGUCGUCGUCGCGACCGUGUCCGAUGCGCCCACCGAGCUCCAGAGCCGCCAGGUGCGCAUCUUCAAGCCGACGAAGAACACGAUGCAGUCGGCCAAGGGCAAGACCAAGGUGUGGCGCAUCGACUGGGACGUCCUCCAGGGCUCGGGCCGCUGGACCAACCCGCUCAUGGGGUGGCAGUCGUCGGCCGACUACAUGCAGAGCACCUCGCUCGCCUUCCGCACGCGCGAGGACGCCGUCCGCUUCGCCGAGCGCCAAGGGUGGGACUACUACAUCUCGGAGCCCAAGAAGGCCCGGAUCCCCCCCAAGAGCUACGCCGACAACUACAACCACGUUGCUGGUCCUCUCCGCAUCUGCCACACGAAGUAA